UUGGGACUACAUUUCCCAUCAUGCAACGUGACCGCGAUUCAGAGCGUAUGGAAAGUCUCACGCGUUUUUAAACACAACCGUAGCGUCUAAAACAUCGCGUGAGAGGAAUCCCGUGCGUUUCUUACGAUAGGAAUGGAAAGGCAAGUGCGCGCGGAUCGGGUUACUGUGGUCCGGACACAAUGAGUUCCUGCGCUGCGAUGAUCCGGCUGGCUGUGGUGCGCUCGCUCGUGGCCCGUCACGCGCCGGGUCCGGGUCACCUGCACGCCCGGUUCCUCGGGACACACCGACGCAAGAUCAACCCGGAGCAGCUGGAGCUCCCGAACCAGGCGCGCGAGUUCGUGUACAGCCUGAGCCCGGCGAACCGGAGCUGCUUACUGAAGGAGCUGCAGAGCUUCGAGUCCAAGAGCGAAGACUCGGAGGAAUCGUCUCCGCUGACGUCAGCGCAGCUCAGAUACAUUCUCCUGCACAACGCCAUUCCCUUCAUCGGCUUCGGCUUCCUGGAUAACGCCAUCAUGAUCGCCGCCGGCACUCAGAUUGAACUGUCCAUCGGAUUGACGCUCGGAAUAUCCACCAUGGCAGCGGCGGCGCUGGGGAACCUGGUGUCUGAUCUGGCUGGACUCGGUUUAGCAGGUUACGUGGAGGCUCUGGCGACGCGCUUCGGGAUGCAGAUUCCUGAUCUCACUCCGAAACAAGUGGAUAUGUGGCAGACCAGAGUCACUUCACACAUGGGUAAAGCCAUCGGCAUCACUAUCGGAUGCAUUCUGGGAAUGUUUCCGUUGCUCUUCUUAAGCGAUGAUGAUGAUGAUAAAGAGGAGGAGAAAAAGAAGAAUGAUCCAAACUCAAAAUGACAGGCUUUCUGUCUGCAUGACAACAUUUAUAUUGAAGUGAAGAAAUCAAGCAACAGAACAAAUGUUCACACGGUAAACAUCAUCAUCAUCAACAGUAGAAGAGAGCAGCUAGUUAAUCUAGAGACAGACGUUAUGAUGAGCAUGAGUUGAACACUACUCUACAGGUCUGUUCACAGCCGGAGCCAUAACUCCAACCACAGUUUAUAAUCACUCCACACUACGAUGAUAACCACAGCAGCACAGAGCAACGACAGCCAUCAGAGUCCAUCCCACUUAAAGUCAAGUCACACUUAGCACUUUAUACAGUACAGACGGAUUAAAACAGGAAAAUCAUGUUAAUGACUCACAGCUCAGUAUUCAGAUCCAUUCUGUUCUCAUCUGAUCUGAUCGUGUCCGUGCUGUUUAAGAAUAUUAAUAGUCUCAUGAACUGGAAUACUGUUGUAGUUAUUAUUCUCGGUGUGAACGGGCCUCUCUUUUCCUUUCUGUUGUUUGAUUCCUGUGCCUUUAGAUUUUAGCAGCAUGUUUUCUGCGGAAGCGUUUAGUGAAGAAUGAAGUUUAGUUUGAAGAGAAUAACUCACAUCUGCCGAACGUGGCAGGGUUUAAGAACAUUUACUGGAGAUUUUGCAACAUCGUGAAACUAAAUAUAUCACAUAUCAGUAUGAUUUCAACUGGAGUUAGAUUUAUUCUGAACAGCACAAGCCUUUUUACUCUCGUACACGAGUAUGUGACGUUCUGCAUUCCCAUCAUGCAUCAGAGACGUGAACUAAACCUCGCUGAGCCGCUGGGUCUCGUGGGUUUCCUCAACCAAACACAGUUCGUCGUGAAGUUUGUGUUUUUAAUUUACUUAAAUUACGUUUUCACAAAUUAAGGCCUAAAAGGUUUUUAAAUCUGAGCUGAAAGUCUUCGAUUCGUGACAUUAGAUGUUGCAUGCAUUAUCUAAAUCAAGUAAGUAUCUAAAUCAUCCACAUUUACUGGAGAUGCUAAAUGAGUUUCCCAGAAACUGAACAAAAUUAACUGAGUUUAUGAAUAAAACAAGAACAAAUAUCUGUUAAUGCGAGGUGAAACCUCCCCCUUUGAAUCAAUGGAGUUUUUCUGACUCCUCUGGCAGAUAUUUGUUCUCGUUUUAAUUAUAAACUCACUUCAUUUUGAUCCGUUUCUCAGAAAACGAGACGUCUUAUUUGCUUCUCCACUAAAUGCAUCUUGAUUUUAAUAAUCUUUAGACAUUUGCACUGGAAAACAAGACGGAAAUACUGAGCAAGAGCAUCAGAAGGUUCAGUUAGAGUUAUUUAGUUGCACUAUUUAUUUGUUAAAAUAAUUAAAAAGUAACAGAGAUCUGUUGGAAGUUGUAUUUUCAAACUUUGGAGUUAUCAAUGCAAGACAUUUACAUUUAGAGACUAUAUUGAUGCAUCGAGUUCGCUUCAAUUUAUUCCUUAAAUUUUCUUUACUUCGUCUCACAAAGUCUGAUUUAUCCACAUAAAACCUGCUAAAAUGCAUCACUCAGAUAUUUUAAAUACAUAUUUUAUUUUUAUUUAAAUUGAAUGAUUGACAGGGUCAUAUAUGAAUGUGUCUGAGUGAAGGCAAAAAAAAAUAAUAAAAUAAAAUAUAAAAAUUAAUUACUUGAAAUAAAAUAAACAUUAACUUUAAAAUUAAACACAAAAAUGUAUACUUUAUUUAAAAAAAAAUAAUAAAAUGACUAAAAUGCACAACAAACUUUAACUGAAAUAAAAUGUAAAAUAAUAAUAAUUUCGUUUAAAGUGCUAUAAUAAUUAUAAUAAAAAAUUAAAACGAAAUAAAAACAAAUAAUGAAAGAUACACAAUUCUAAAACUUUAACUGAAAUUAAAAUGAAAACAGAAAAUAUAAAAAUGAAAUCUAAUUCAAAAUAUUAACCAAAACUGUACAUAUAAAAUAAGGCAGAUGCUGUAGAAACCCACGAUUCCUCGAGGUUCAGACGCGUUUCUGAUGAACUCAGAUGAGUUUCACGUCUGAACAGAAAUACCUCUGCAGUGAUGUUUUAGUAGUUUAAUGAUCAAAUGAUUUCUGGGUAAUAUAUCAAGUGUGUUAGUGUAUACUUAUUAUUGGACACUAUGCAUUCUAAUCAUGAAUAUGUAAUUAUUGCACAGCUGUCUCUGGGUAGUGGACAUGUAGUCUAUUUUACAGUAUUUUGCAGAUUCUAUGAUUAUUUUUGUGAGACCACAUGGAAUAUUUGUACUUUUAUAACUUCAUUUGUCGCUCCUCAGAACUACUGAAGUGAACCGUACGAGUUCAAGCACACGGAGUAUCAGUUUUGUUCAAAGAUGCUGUAAAUGUCAUGUUGUGUUGCUUUAAUUUGAAUGAACUCAUAUUUGUUGAUCUGGAUCCAGAUUCCAUUCACAUCAAGUAUUUCACAGAGAACUGUUCAAAUGAAUUAUAGGUAACACUUCACAAUAACGUUAACUAACAAGCAUUUAAUAAUCUUAGCUAAUGUUAAGAGUUUAAUAAUGUAUUAGAUGUUGAAAUUAACAUUAUUUAGCUGACACGAACAGCAACAAAAUUAUAACUCAUUAUUAGUUAAUUUUAGUUCUUGCGUUAACUAAUCAGACCUUAUUGUAAAGUGUUACCAAAUUAUAAAUGAAAUAAACAUCUCCUGAAGUUUUCACACUGCAACUGGUUUUAAUAAAAUGCUUUUAUUGACAAUAUAAAAAUCACACUGCAUUGUUUUGGUUAUGUACAGUCUAAUUGUGUUCAGCAUCUAACACACAAUUCAGUCUGAACGGGUGAGUUAAGGAGGGUUAACCAGUCCGUGUGCGUAAAUAAACACAUUAAACAGCUAAACA